GUGCGUCAUGCAUCUGCAAUGACGGCUAGCAGCUAGUGAACUGCUCGCUGGGUGAGGACGCGGAUCUUCUUCUUCUCCUCCUUUCAUGUGGCUCCAUGUUGCUGCUGCAGUAAAGAAGAAGCUACGAGAAGCUGCUCGUGCGCGCGCACAGGCUCCAUGGCGACGGAGGAGUUCUACGAGGUGGAGCGCAUCGUGGACAAGAGGAAGACCAAAAAGGGGAAUGUGGAGUACCUGGUCCGGUGGAGAGGUUACGGUUCAGAGGGAGACACCUGGGAGCCCGAGGGCCACCUGUCCACCUGUAUGAUCUACGUCCACGACUUCAACCGGCAGUCGGCCGAGUGGCAGAGAGACAACACGCUACUGCGCUCCACCCGCAGCAUCGCCAGCCCCCGCUACGGCGCCGCCCACAGGGCGCCCUGCAGGCCCACGGCUCACAGCGACCUCGUCGGAGGACCGGCGGCGGGCUGCGAUCUGGUGAAGCCGACUCGCACGGCCCCCGCCGGCCGCUUCACCAGCAUUCUCAUGUCUCCGGCCGGCUCGGCCCGCCGCGGCGUGGACCUGUCCAAGACCGGCAUCAAGAUCCUGGUCCCGAAGAGUCCGAUGAACAGCCGCCUGGACUCGGAGGACUCCCCCGGCGAGGCGGCUCACGGUCUGGAGGCCGGAGCUCAGGACGCUCACCUGGUCCCACCUGAGGUCGCCUUGCUGGAGAAACCUGCUGGGGUCCAGUUGGGACCUGGAGAGGAGAGGGCCCGCAUGGGGACCAGACCCCGCGGCCCAAACGCCCUGCCGUCGCCUCGAGUACCUGUCACUCCUGCUGCCAUGCGCUCCCUCAGCAGCACGGGUAACGCAGCGUUGAUGGAGGCUGUCGCCGCCAAUGGGAUGUCAGGUGUGCAGAGUGCCGUCACCGGGGCAACGGGGAAGAGGCGUCUGGAGGAACGUUCCGCUUUCGACAAGCGUCUGAGGUUCAGUGUCCGUCAAACCGAGAGCGCUUACCGCUACCGGGACAUCGUGGUGAAGAAACAAGAUGGCUUCACUCACAUCCUGCUGUCCACCAAGAGCUCCGAGAACAACACGCUCAACCCUGAGGUGAUGAAGGAGAUCCAGAGUGCGAUGGCCACGGCAGCAUCGGAUGACAGUAAGCUGGUGUUACUCGGCGCCGUGGGAAGCGUGUUCUGCUGCGGCCUGGACUUCCUGUACUUCAUCAGGCGGCUGACGGAGGACAGGAAGAAGGAGAGCAUCAAGAUGGCUGAAACCAUCAGGACCUUCGUCAACACCUUCAUCCAGUUCAGGAAGCCGAUCGUGGCGGCAGUCAAUGGCCCGGCGCACGGCCUCGGCGCCGCCAUCCUGCCCCUCUGCGACGUGGUGUGGGCCAAUGAAAAGGCUUGGUUCCAGACGCCAUACGCGUCCUACGGCCAGACGCCAGACGCAUGCUCAUCCUUCACCUUCCCCCGGAUCAUGGGCCUCGCCUCGGCCAACGAGCUGCUCCUGGGGGGCAGGAAGCUGACGGCCCAGGAGGCGUGUCUUAAGGGGCUGGUGUCUCAGGUGCUGUGGCCGGGGACCUUCACCCAGGAGGUGCUGCUGCGCGUGAAGGAGCUGGUGGCCGUGGACCCGCAGGUCCUGCGGGAGUCUAAAGCCCUGGUGAGGAACGCCAGCCGCAGUGCCCUGGAGCAAGCCAACGAGCGCGAGUGUGAAGCCCUGAAGAGGGUUUGGGGCUCCUUGCAGGGAACAGACUCCAUCCUGCAGUGUCUGCAGAGGAGCACCGAGCUCUGCUAGGACCUGGACCUGGACCAGGACCAGAGCUCUGCUAGGACCUGGACCAGGACCUGGACCACCGAGCUCUGCUAGGACCUGGACCAGGACCACCGAGCUCUGCUAGGACCUGGACCAGGACCACAGAGCUCUGCUAGGACCAGGACCAGGACCACAGAGCUCUGCUAGGACCUGGACCUGGACCACCGAGCUCUGCUAGGACCUGGACCAGGACCACCGAGCUCUGCUAGGACCUGGACCAGGCUCCUGACUCAACAGCUCUGAGCUGGACAGGAAACACUGAACCUCUUUGUUAAACGGUUACGAACGCUGACGACACAUUUCUGUGCCCUCUUGUCCUCCAGUAAGGGGUUCCUCAGGGUUCCUUGGGGUUCCUCAGGGUUCCUCCCUGGACCCUCUGCUGUUGUGGGAACACCAGGACCCAUGGGGGGGCGGACUAUCAGGUGUAUGUGUUGCUCCUGCCAGACAGCAGCUGACGAGGCCUUCUCUCUCGGGGUUCUCCAGCUCCUGAACCGAGUUCUGCUGAAGAAGACUAGACCUGCUCUAAGCUAGCAGUCCCCCCCGUUUCCAGUCUUUGUGCUAAGCUAGGCUAACAGUCCCGGACCUUUGUGUGUACUGGACGGACAUGAAGCUGAAAGAACCGGAGAACUUAGAACCUGUUGGACGUGGAGGUGUCCUUUGACCUUUGGAUUCUGCUGGGAGGACUAAACCGGAUAUAGACCCUGGAAUGUUUCCCAGGUACCAGAGUGCAUUGUGGGCCAUGUGACCCCAAAUAAACCAACUGGGUCAA